AUGGGGGCCAAAUCCGUCUAUUUGCUGGCUUAUAAUGCCAUGUCUUUUCUUCUUUGGGGGUAUCUGACGCUGUAUACCCUCGCCAAAUUGUCGGGAUCAUACCCACAGUCAAAUGUGGACCAGCUUUACGCCGAGAUUAUGCCCCUUCUUGCUGGCACGCAGACGCUGGCACUGCUUGAAGUACUCCAUGCGGCUCUGGGACUCGUCAGAGCAUCGCCCCUCACCACGGCACUGCAGAUCGGUGGCAAAAAUCUAGUAGUCUGGACCGUAAUGGUAAAAUUUCCAGAGAUCAUUGUUGGCAACAAAGUUGGUCACUCGUGGGGUGCAUGGGAGUUUCUGGGUUGUGUCUUGGCCUGGGGAUGCUCAGAGAUGAUCCGUUACGGAUAUUUUGUGGUUCAACUAUCGAAUGGAGACACCCCAAACUGGCUUAAGUGGCUGAGAUACAAUGCAUUCCUGGUCUUGUACCCAGCGGGACUACUGAGUGAAGCUGGUCUGGUAUAUCUCAGCCUAAUCCAGGAGACACCUAUGCACCCAUUUUACAGAGGUUAUCUCCUACUGGGGCUAUUAACCUACAUCCCCGCUGGUCCGUUUCUCUACACGCAUAUGCUGUCCCAGAGGAGGAAGGUUCUCAAACAAAUUUCUGGAAAGAAAUAA